AUGGGAAUAAGCGCGUCUUGCAACCUUGACGAUGGUGUGCUCAAACAAAGCCUCCCAAGAACACCUGUAAUUGCUGAUCCUGACGAUCCCAAUGCGUCGUUAAGCAUACCAAACUUUGCUGAAGACGAAAGUACCGGGGAGCCAAAUGAGAACCGGUCUUCAGUAUGGGCCACGGUACAUUCAAAACUUCCCAAGUCGGGAACUCGGUUUUCGGAUCUAAAGCCUGUAAACUCAGGUCUUGCUAAAAUGGCCAGCUCUUUGAGUGCAGAAGAACGACAAGACCUAGAGGACCUUCAGAGGGGUGUAAUGAUGGAGGAUAUGGACUAUUCUAUCCCAAAUAGCAAUGCAGCAAAAGCGAAUACUAGUCAGCCGGUAGACUCAAUUCCAGAGCCAACCCCAGGAUUGGUUUCGCCCCCCUCUUUAGUCGGAAGCUCUCCUACAAGGACUAAAGCCAGUAACAUCACAGCUCUUGACUCACAUCAGAUAGCUGUCUGUUUGUCCAAGAAUUUGUCUAGUGCUAGCCGUAAGUCAAGCCUCAGCUCUGAUGAUCUAAAUGACUUCAAUGCAGCUCGUUUUCGCGAAGCAAACCUUUGA